UUUUGUCUCCGAAGGGCCAACAUGAGCUCCGGCAUCCUCCUCCUGGGGUUCCUGCUGCUCAGCUCGGCAGGAGCAGCCUCCUCACCUGAGCCCACCUUGAAGUCGGUUCGUGUGGGAAAUGCCGUCACGCUGCCCGUGGCCAUUCCCAAGGGGCAGAGCGUCACCAACCUCCUCCUGAGGGCCGCCUGGAGGGAAGAAGGCGUCGCUAUCUGGAUGGACUCGAAAGAGAUCAGUGUUAUAAGCACCCACUAUGCUGGCCGGGUGGCCUUCCUGGAGGACGAGAUGGCCUUCAGAAUCGCCAACCUGAGCCUGGGCGACGGGGACACCUACGAAAUCUCCACCAGCUUCGCCGCCCCCUCCCCACAGCUGCUCAGCAGCUCCCUGGUGGCCGUAUUCAACGUCACCGAAAGGAUCUCCUUGGAGAACAAUUCCUGCCACAUUGACCUGGACUGUGAGGCAGGAAUGGGGCCCGGCCACAAGGUAACCUACACCUGGAAGGACACGAAGGCAGGCACCACCCUGAGUCAGGAGGCCCGGCUCUCUCAGCGGGUGCAGAUCAACCAGGAAAAGGCCUACACCUGCACCGCCCAGACCACCACCGCCCAGAGCACCUUCAGCAUCGUCCUCCAGCAUCCGUGCACUCCCAACACUGCAAGCCCAGGACCCUGGGCAUUGGGCCUGGCUUCUCUCCUGCUCAGAGGACUCCUGGUGCCCGCCAUGACUGCUGCUCUGCUGCUGUGACCGGAGCAGACCCUGGGCGGCUGGUUCCUGCAUCCGGGACGCUUUGGCCUCACCCCGGCCCCCAAGUCAGGGGCCUGAUUAAAUCUUAUCAGGGCACCAACCACAUCAAGCAACGCUCCAAAGGAAGACCAGAAGUCUUAUUUCAUUGAGAUUUGCUGGAAUAAGAGAGUUUUAUCCUCGCUUCUUAUAUCCCAGGGAAUCAGGGUCUCUCCCAAGACGGGUUCUGAUUUCCCAGGGUUUAAUCCCUUAGAUCAGUUUCAGCCCCCUUUUUCUUAUUUCACGGGUCAAGGCAUCCCCAUCCCAGCCCACCCACAGCCUCCCCCGCAGGCUGGCCCCAGGGGUCCCCACAGUCUCAAGGACCGGGGAGCAACCUGUCCAGCAGGUGGCAGCUGGGGGCCACCGUGCUGGAAAAGCCGCUUCUUUCCCCGUUUCCCAGAUGGAGCCUUUGUUACCCAUUAAAAG